GCGGCGCUGCCAGCCGCUCGCUCGCUUCCUCUCGGUGAAUCUCUCCGUCUGAUGUUCGGGUAAACAUGUCGGUAAUGGGAGGUGGAACCAGGGGCUUCUACUUCAACACAGUCCUGUCGCUGGCCCGCUCUCUGGCCGCCCACCGUCCCGCUCCGGUCGAGAAGGUCCAGAAGCUGCAAUGCAUGUGCCCACAGGAAGUCCGCGGUGUGUUCACUCUAGACGUGCGUCGCAGAGAUGCUGUCAUUGCGCUGGCUGUGUUUCUGGUGGAGUCUGGCUUGCAGCACAAAGACAUUCUUGUUUCGUACUUGCUGAGCCUGUUGAGAGGUUUACCACGGGUCCAAUGGAUCGAGGAGAGCCUGGGAAAGAAAGGAAAGGAACUUCUCCCGGUUUCAGAAACCUUCAGCUUCUGUCUCGUGACUCUUUUGGCAGAUGUGGCUCAAAGGGACCCAGACUCCCGACAUGAGAUCUUAAACACUAUAAUGGAGGUUAUACAGGCCCUGCAGGAGAUGUGCCAAACGCCUGAUAAUCAGGACAAAGUUUACCUUUGCAGAUACAUUGUUCCCAGCCUGCUCGGCAUGGCUCGAGCAUUCGGCCGCUACAGCAACACAGACGAAGCCCUGUUGUCAAAGCUGUUUCCCAAAGAUUACCCGCAGACCCGCUGCGUCACAGAGGAAACGGAGGGAGUGCGGCGCAGAUCCUUCAAUGACUUUCGGUCCAUCCUCCCGUCCUCGCUGCUGACCGUGUGCCAGAGUGACACCAUGCGCAGACGCACCGGGAGCAACCAGGAGGUGUGUACAGACCCAGGAGGCCACUCCCCCUGCUCUCCUACAACCCCUGGGCCACAUUAUUUUGAAGGCGCCUACCUCCCAGACAGCAGUGUAGUGGACCCUGACCACUUCUUUUCCACAGUCAGCUCCAGUUUUUCAAUGUCUCCUCUCUUCAUGGGGGAAGAAGAAAACGAGGUGGAGGUUUCUGUGGAUCUUCUCCAGCAGCUCCUCGACGUGGUGAAGAAAUGUGUUUCGGACUCUUUUUUGAAAACCCUGGAUGAGACUGUGGCAGAAGUUUUAGAGUCUAAUCCUGGAAUCAACCUCUAUUACAAAACCUUCAGUGACCCUCUGUACGUGUGCGUGUUCAAAAUGCUGCGCGACACUCUAUACUACAUGCCAGCCUUGCAGUCGGCGUUCGUACGUGAAGUGCACGACUUUGUACUGGAGCAAUUUAGCAGCAGUCAAUCGGAGCUGCAGCGGGUACUUCACGACGCGGGGGGGUUGCCCGGGGAACAGAGCCAUCUCAAGCUCCGUUGCCAAGCCAACGCCGCCUGCGUGGACCUCAUGGUGUGGGCCGUCAAAGACGAGCAAGGUGCAGAGAAUUUGUGCACCAAACUCUCCGAGAAACUACAGUCGAAAACCUCCAGUAAAGUCAUCAUUGCUCACAUGCCCCUGCUCAUCUGCUGCCUACAGGGCCUGGGUCGUCUGUGUGAGAGGUUUCCAGUUGUUGCUCACUCUGCCACAACCUCCCUCAGGGAUUUCCUGGUGGUUCCUUCCCCUGUUCUUAUAAAACUCUACAAGUAUCACAGCCAAUUCAACACAGGCACUGGAGAAAUUAGGAUAAACGUGGUCAAUGAGCAUUCUCAGUCCACCUUCAGCAUCCUGUCUAACAGGAAGGACCAGCCGUCUAUGUAUGAGCAGCUCAGAGACAUUUCCAUUGACAACAUCUGCAGAUGUCUGAAAGCUGGACUGACAAUGGACCAAGUGAUAGCAGAAGCCUUUUUAGCCAGUCUGUCCAAUCGUCUGUAUAUUUCACAAGAAAAUGACAAGGACGCUCAUCUUAUCCCAGAUCACACCAUUCGAGGACUGGGCCACAUUGCGGUGGCUCUGAGGGACACUCCUAAAGUCAUGGAGUACAUCCUGCAAAUCCUCCAACAGAAGUUCUGCCAGCCUCCAUCGCCGCUGGAUGUGCUCAUCAUCGACCAGCUCGGCUGUAUGGUCAUCACAGGAAAUCAAUACAUCUACCAGGAGGUGUGGAACCUGUUCCAGCAGAUCAGCGUGCAGGCCAGUUCAGUUGUUUACUCAGCUACUAAAGACAGAGAUCAUGGCUACAGGCACUGCUCUCUGGCUGUGAUAAACGCUCUGGCCAACAUUGCAGCCAACCUGCAGGGGGAGAUGCUGGUGGACGAGUUAAUGGUGAACCUUUUAGAGCUGUUUGUCCAACUGGGCCUGGAGGGGAAGAGAGCCAGUGAGAGGGCCUCAGACAAGGGACCAACGCUGAAGGCAUCAAGUAGUGCUGGAAAUCUUGGAGUCCUUAUCCCAGUGAUUGCUGUGUUGACCAGACGACUUCCGCCAAUCAAAGAGGCCAAGCCCCGCCUCCAGAAGCUGUUCAGGGACUUCUGGUUGUACUCGGUGGUCAUGGGUUUUGCUGUUGAAGGAUCAGGGCUCUGGCCAGAGGAGUGGUAUGAGGGCGUGUGUGAGAUUGCCACCAAGUCUCCUCUUCUCACCUUCCCCAGUGGAGAACCUCUUCGCUCCGAACUGCAGUACAACUCAGCUCUGAAGAAUGACACAGUUACACAGGCUGAGUUGAGCGAUCUGCGGACAACCAUCAGCAAUCUCCUGGACCCGACUCCCGAAGUAUCUGCCCUCAUUAACAAGCUAGACUUCGCCAUGUCCACGUACCUGCUCUCAGUCUACAGAUUAGAAUACAUGAGGAUGCUGCGAUCCAACGAUCCCGACAGGUUCCAGGUCAUGUUUCGAUACUUUGAAGACAAAGCCAUCCAGAAAGACAAAUCUGGCAUGAUGCAGUGCACUAUCUGUGUCGGUGAUAAGGUAUUUGAAGUCUUCCUCCAGAUGAUGGCUGAGAAGCCAAAGACCAAAAUGCAUGAGGAGGAAUUAGAGCGACAUGCUCAAUUCUUGUUGAUCAACUUUAACCACACCCACAAGAGGAUCCGCAGAGUGGCAGACAAAUACCUCUCUGGAUUGGCUGAAACAUUCCCCCAUCUGCUGUGGAGUGGUCGUGUGUUAAAGACCAUGUUGGAUAUUUUGCAGACACUGUCUCUGUCACUAAGCGCUGACAUUCACAAGGAUCAGCCAUACUACGACAUCCCAGACACCCCCUACAGGAUCACUGUCCCUGACACGUACGAAGCCCGAGAGAGUAUAGUGAAGGACUUUGCUGCACGCUGUGGGGAGAUCCUGAAAGAGGCGAUGAAAUGGGCCCCUUCAGUCACAAAGUCCCACCUACAGGAGUACCUGAACAAGCAUCAGAACUGGGUGUCGGGGCUGUCGCAGCACACUGGGCUCGCCAUGGCCACAGAGAGCAUUCUGCACUUUGCAGGCUACAACAGACAGAGCACCACGCUAGGCACCACCCAGCUGACAGAGCGACCAGCCUGUGUGAAGAAGGACUACUCCAACUUCAUGGCAUCACUCAACCUGCGCAACCGUUACACAGGAGAGGUGGCUGGUAUGAUCCAGUUCUCAGAGGCGACUCACAGUCAGUCAGACCUCAAUAAGCUGAUGAUCCUUCAGUUGACCUCUGCUCUGGACAGAAAAGACCCAGAGGCUUUCACCCAGACCAUGUUCAAGAUGGCCGCCCUGCUUAUAUCUACCCAGAACUGCGACCCUCAGCUCCUGCACCAUCUGUGUUGGUCUCCUCUGAAGAUGUUUACAGAGCAUGGGAUGGAAUCUGCGAUUGCCUGCUGGGAAUGGCUCCUGGCUGCACACAACGGGGUGGAAGUGCCCUUCAUGCGUGAGAUGGCUGGAGCUUGGCAGAUGACAGUAGAGUUGAAGAUGGGUUUGUUUUCGGAAGCUAAAGUAGAAGCCGGCCCUCUGGCUGUUUCAGAGGAGAGUCAACCUGCACCAUGUGCACCCGACGUCAUCCCUCACUUUCUCUGGAUAGAGUUUGUGGUGCAGAGGUUUGAGAUAGCCAAGUACAGCAGUGCGGACCAAGUGGAGAUUUUCACUGCUAUUUUGCAGAGAUCUCUGUCUCUGACUGUCGGAGGACCCAAAAGCAGUCUGAACCGACAUGUUGCUGCCAUUGGACCAAGAUUCAGACUUCUGACACUAGGACUGACUCUUCUGCAUGCUGAUGUUGUGACGAAUGCCACCAUCAGAAAUGUGCUUCGAGAGAAGAUCUAUUCCACAGCUUUCGACUAUUUCAGCGUCACUCCCAAGUUUCCCACUCAGACAGAUAAGAGGCUGAGAGAAGACAUCAGUAUAAUGAUCAAGUUCUACGCCAGCCUGCAGUCUGACAAGAAGUAUCUCGCUGCCAGCCAGCUGGUACCUACAGAUCCUCAGGACAUGUCUGUGAACAGCCUGUCUGUGGUGGCCGUGGCAGAUAGCCGGAGCAGUCUCGAUGCAGCGGUGGGCCAGAGGCAGCAGGCGGCUCAGGGAUGGAUCAACACCUACCCUCUGUCCUCUGGGAUGUCCACCAUAUCCAAAAAAUCUGGCCUGUCCAAAAAAAGCAACAGAGGCUCGCAGCUGCACAAAUACUAUAUGAAACGCAGGACUCUACUUCUAGCUCUACUGGCCAGCGAGAUCGAGCGGCUGACAACAUGGUACAACCCGUUAUCCACGCAGGAGCUCGCCAUCGCUACUGAACAGUCAGUGGAGACCAGCAUUGCUAACUGGAGAUCCAAAUACAUCAGUCUGACGGAGAAACAGUGGAAGGACAACGUGAACCUGGCGUGGAGCAUCGCACCUUACCUUGCCCUGCAGCUGCCUGCUCGAUUUAAAAACACAGAGGCGAUCGUCUCGGAGGUGACUCGACUGGUGCGAAUGGAUCCAGCCGCUGUGUGUGAUGUUCCUGAAGCAGUCAAGUUCCUGGUGACCUGGCACACCAUCGAUGCCGACUCUCCAGAGCUCAGUCAUAUCCUGUCCUGGGCCGCUGCUGAUCCCCCGACUGGUCUCUCCUACUUCUCCUCCAUGUACCCUCCUCACCCCCUCACCGCCCAGUAUGGGGUCAAAGUGCUCCGCUCCUUUCCCCCAGAUGCCAUUUUAUUUUACAUUCCUCAAAUCGUCCAAGCUCUUCGUUACGACAAGAUGGGUUAUGUGAGAGAGUACAUCCUGUGGGCCGCUCAGAAGUCUCAGCUGCUGGCUCACCAGUUCAUCUGGAACAUGAAGACCAACAUAUACCUGGACGAGGAAGCCAACCAAAAAGAUCCUGACAUCGGUGAGCUGUUGGAAGAGAUGGUGGAGGAGAUCACAGGCUCGCUGUCUGGUCAAGCCAAAGAAUUCUACCAGCGAGAGUUUGACUUCUUCAAUAAGAUCACCAAUGUGUCGGCAAUUAUCAAACCUUUUCCCAAAGGGGAGGAGAGGAAGAGAGCUUGCCUGGAAUCCAUGUCGCAAAUCAAAGUCCAACAGGGCUGUUAUCUUCCCAGCAAUCCUGAGGCCAUAGUUUUGGAUAUCGACUACAAGUCUGGGACCCCCAUGCAGAGUGCUGCCAAAGCUCCCUACUUGGCCAAAUUCAAAGUCAGGAGGUGUGGAGUCAGUGAGCUGGAAAAAGAAGGUCUGAUGUGUCGCUCCGAUUCUGUGGACGACGCUAAGAGUGAAGAAGAGGCCAAGAGAAUUAUUUGGCAGGCAGCCAUCUUUAAAGUGGGAGACGACUGCAGACAGGACAUGCUGGCUCUCCAGAUCAUCAGUCUGUUUAAGAACAUCUUCCAGCUGGUGGGCCUGGACCUCUACGUGUUUCCUUACAGAGUGGUGGCCACGGCUCCUGGAUGUGGAGUGAUCGAGUGCAUCCCAGAUUGCAAGUCUCGAGAUCAGCUGGGCCGACAGACAGACUUCGGCAUGUACGACUAUUUCAUUAACCAAUAUGGAGAUGAAUCCACACUAGCUUUCCAGAAGGCAAGAUACAACUUCAUCCGCAGCACGGCAGCUUACAGCCUACUGCUGUUCCUGCUUCAGAUAAAAGACAGACACAAUGGCAACAUCAUGCUUGACAGCCAGGGCCACCUCAUCCACAUCGACUUUGGGUUCAUGUUCGAAAGUUCCCCCGGCGGAAACCUGGGCUGGGAGCCGGACAUCAAACUAACCGAUGAGAUGGUGAUGAUCAUGGGUGGCAAGAUGGAGGCGACGCCCUUCAAGUGGUUCAUGGAGAUGUGUGUGAGAGGCUACCUGGCUGUGAGACCCUACAUGGAUGGAAUCGUCUCCUUAGUUAACCUCAUGCUGGACACGGGACUUCCCUGCUUCAGAGGACAGACCAUCAAACUGCUCAAGCAGCGAUUCAACCCGGGUCUGAGUGAGAAAGACGCAGCUUCCUUCAUCAUUAAAGUCAUUCAGAACUGCUUCCUCAGCAACAGGAGUAAAACCUACGACAUGAUCCAGUUUUACCAAAAUCAGAUCCCAUACUAAGCACGUGUGCCUAAGCAUGUGCAUUUAGUGGCAGGUACAUGGUGUGUGCAUGAGUUUGUGCCUUUUGUUAAUAAUGUUCACCCCCGAUGAAUGUGGCUCAUGGUUUCUGCUGAUUGUUGGAUGUUUGGCUUCUCGUUUCCACUCAAACCACUUUUCAAGUCUCUUCUGUUAUUUAUUAUGUUAUGUUGAAAAUCAAUGUUGUUUUCAAUUACUACACUAUUGCACUAGCAUCUUGACUUCCGUGCACUUCUGGAAAAACUCAUGGUAAUCCGCACGUUCACUAUAUAUUCGUUAUCAGAAUUUGUGCCGAUUUUGAAAUAAUUAGAAAAUGUUUGUGAAUAUGAACUCUGUAAGAUUUUAGAUGGGGUUUGAAAUGUAAUCGGAUACUUGAAGUAGCCAAAGUAGUAGGUUUCAGUUCUGACCAGCGUGGCCUAUUCUGUCAUCUCAUUCUUGACUGUACUACCGUGCUCCUCUUUUGUUUUCGUCACGGACCACACAGGAGUCCUUUGAUCUGUGGCAUGGUACUCGUCUCGUACUUCCCAGUGACACUGGAUAGACUUGGGUUACACUCUCGGUGUUUUGGGGUUUUCCAUAUUUUCAGUUACUACACCGGGGCUGUGUUUUGUAUAUUUAGCAUUGCCAAAGGGGUGGGUGGGGGGGUGGGUGGGGGUGGAGAAAAACGCACAUGAGUACAACUUCUCUUUGGUUUGUGGACGUUUGAAGGCACAGCGUGAAUGUCGGGCAGUUGCAUGAAGUUCAGUGUUAACUCCCAUGUGGCCUGUGACCGAUGUGACUUUUUGGUGGAAGUUGUUUUUUAGUAAUCCAAAGUGCUGUGCCCCAUGUCCAUACGUUUAGCUUGAGCCUUUAUGUAAUGUUACUGAUUGUAAAGAAUAUGCCUCUCUUUGUAUAUUUAUAUCUGUGGCCCAUUUUCUGUCUCCUUCUCUGUCUUCAUGCCUUUUGAAUGAAAACACAUAAGAUAUGAUAUCAAAUAAAGAUCUAUUAACUUAAA